AACGACUGCAUUUUGAUUCCUGGAAAGAUUUUGUUGAUCAGUCUCCUGGGGUAUCGCUUAUCGCCUAUCGGUUUUAACAAGCCCUUACAAUGCGGCUCCGUUACCACCUUUUCGGGAUGCUAUUUGCGCGGUGCAUUGGUAUUGCUCAUGCUGUGUCUAUGGGCGUUAAUGGCCUGCAAACACGAACAACAACCGCCGCAGGCUUCGCAUCUUUUGGCCAACAAAUUGGUCUGUCCGAGUCUACAAUCAAGACUUUGGGAGAGAAAUUUGCCCAAGUCUCGAGUCCUGCCGAAGCCUUGGCGGUCGCCUGUCAGACUGCACGGGAGUCUCUUGGAGAAGCUCAAGUACAGGCGACACCUGUAGACCAAACGGUCGUUGAAGUAAACUGGUCCGAAACAUGCUACGCCUUCCCGUCCUGUGUCAUCCAGCCUAGAAAUGCUACUGAUGUGUCGACUGCGAUACAAAUUGUAAAAUUUUUCCAGGUCAAGUUCUCCGUAAGAAGCGGAGGUCACUCCCCCAAUCCCGGAUGGUCUAGUAUUGGGAGUGAGGGCAUCCUGUUGGACCUCCAACGCCUGGAUUUCGUUACCCUUUCGGGCAAUGGCACAGUUGCCAGUCUCGGCCCCGGGGGUCGCUGGAGCAAUGCAAUGACAGUUCUUAAUGCUCAGGGCGUCUCCGUCCAGGGAGGACGGCUCGGACAAGUCGGUGUGGGGGGACUGCUCCUCGGCGGUGGUUACUUCUACACUUCAGGACAGUUUGGUCUUGCAGUGGAUAACGUCAAGAACUUUGAGGUUGUUUUGUCAAACGGAACGAUUAUCAACGCCUCCUUCAGUCAAAACACCGACCUCUUUUGGGCGUUGAAGGGUGGUGGUCCUAACUUUGGCAUUGUUACUCGCUUCGAUCUCUAUACUAUACCAGUAUUGGAGAUUUGGGGAAAAGUGCAAAUAUAUUCCACUGACAUGGCGUUCAAGCUCUUAGAGGCUUUUGACGAGUGGCAGCAGAACGGCGCGUCCGACACCAAAUCGAGCGUGGCUUUCGAAAUUGGCCUGGAUUAUAUAACUCUCGGCUUGAUUUAUUCUGAGCCCACAACUUCACCGACUGCGUUUGCUGCUUUCGAAGACAUUGAACCUCUUCAAGUCGUCGUUCCUCCAAUCAACACCACGUUCUCCAAUGUGUACAACAUCUUGAGUGCAUCUUAUCCUAAUAUCACUGCCCGUCAUGACUACAGAGGUGCCAGCUCACGUAUUAACACGGAAUUCACUAAGGAAAUGUACGCGUUCUGGAGAGAGAAUGCUGUGGCUUUGCGCAACAAGACAGGGGCCAGCCAGACUUUUGCCAUGCAACACAUUGGUGCGAACCUGAUACAGCAGGGAAUUGAUAAGGGUGGAAAUGCCUUAGGCAUUGAGGCAGGAGCUCAGCAAUGGUGGACAACCCUGGUAGACUGGGAAAACGAAGGGGACGACAACCUUGUGCGCUCAGUAUCCAUCAACUUCACUGAGCAAUGGAAGAGACGUGGACAAGAGCUCGGUGUAUAUCUGCCGUUUGAGUACAUGAAUGAUGCUUCACGAGAUCAGAAUCCUAUCGGUUCAUAUGGUUCAGAGAACGUGGCUAGUCUAGUAAAGGUCUCACAGAAGUAUGAUGCAGAGCAGGUGUUCCAAACCCUGCAGAACAGUGGCUUUUUGCUGUCGAAGCUUUGAAGGAUAGCAUAGCGGCAUGUGGAUCAUCCAGCUUUCUAUUCUAGACUGAGUCUGAGGAAAAUGUAUCAUCUAGAGAUAUUUACAAUACCAGAUCUAUGAAAUUGUAAGGAAAUACUGGAGACAGCCUGUAAGGCGCAUAUACAUUGUCGCUUGAUACCUCUCGUGUCGUACCGAAACUUUGAAGAAUUGUAUCACCAGCACGAAUAAAUGCACCGUGGUAGCGAAAUGCGAGAGAUUGAUAGAAU